AUGUCGGUGGCGACCGGGGGCAGUGAGGCGGCGGCAGCAGCGGGCGGCGGCGGGACCCGCGUUUUCUUCCAGAGCCCCGGCGGCGGCAGCGGCGGCUCCUCCGGCGGCGGCGCCCGGGAGGACGCAGUGUCGGCGGCGGUGGUGCAGGUCCAGCAGCGGCGGCACCAGCAGGGGAAAGUGACGGUGAAAUACGAUCGGAAGGAGCUGCGAAAGCGGCUGGUGCUGGAGGAGUGGAUCGUGGAGCAGCUGGGGCAACUCUACGGCUGCGAGGAGGAAGAGAUGCCAGAUGUAGAAAUUGACAUUGAUGACCUUCUUGAUGCAGCCAAUGAAGAAGAAAGAGCUCUCAAAUUACAGGAAACUCUUGUAGAUUGCUACAAACCAACAGAGGAAUUUAUCAAAGAGCUGCUAACUCGGAUAAGAGGAAUGAGGAAACUCAGUCCCCCUCAAAAGAAGAGUAUAUAA